AUGCCGGGCAGGAAGUCGUCCAAGGAGAAGAAGCGGCGCCGUUCGCGUUCCUGCUGUCCGGAGGGAGCCCCGGGGCCGGGAGGCAGCGAGAGGAAGCGGCGGAGCACCGAGUCCAGCCACGGUGCCCCGGAGGAAGCAAAAUGCAAUGUACCACCUGGAGACAAAGUGGAAGAAGCUGAACAACCUAGUGAUAUAGAAGAAGGAGGAUUAGAUCUCAGUGUGUCACUCAAACCUGUCAGUUUCUACAUCGCGGACAAAAAAGAAAUGCUUCAACAGUGUUUCUGUGUCAUAGGGGAGAAAAAACUACAGAAGAUGCUGCCUGAUAUUUUAAAGAACUGUUCCAUGGACGAAAUCAAAAGGCUUUGCUUGGAGCAGUUGGAGCUGUUAUCUGAAAAAAAACUCUUGAAGAUACUUGAAGGCAAGAUUGGAGCUGAUUCUGAUACUGACGAGGAGGCAGAUGGAGGAGACAAGACUGGAGGUGAAUCAGUCAGUCAACAGGACAACAGUAUAGAUUCUACUUCUUCUCUCAGAGAAGACAACAAGCUGGAAAGUCAGGAAUCAAAACAAGGCAAGGGAGAAGAUAGUGAUGUCCUCAGCAUAAAUGCAGAUGCCUAUGAUAGUGACAUAGAAGGCCCAUGCAAUGAAGAAGAUGGCCCAGAUGUGCAAGAAAACACUGUCAGAAGUGGAGCUGGUCAGAUAGAUGACCUUCAGAAGGACAUUGAGAAAAGCGUGAAUGAGAUUCUGGGGUUGGCAGAGUCCAGCCCAAAGGAGCCCAAAGCAGCAACCUUAGCCGUUCCUCUGUCAGAAGAUGUUCAGCCAUCAGCACAGCAGCUGGAGCUUCUGGAGCUUGAGAUGAGGGCCAGAGCUAUUAAGGCUCUGAUGAAAGCUGGUGAUGUAAAAAAACAGCCCUGAGAUUGCUUAGAUUUAAUUUUCAGUAUUUGUUUUGAAGGAUGUGAUGUCUGUUCUCUUCAGUGCUAAAGUAUAUUUGGGUUGGGUAUGACAUUCCUCAUUCAAACCCUGUUGUGUAUCCUGACCUGUGGCUUAAGCCACUGAUAGUUGGUUUCAUUGCCUUUAGUGUGCUGCUUCCAUGACAUGCAUAAACAGACUGGUUUGAUGCUUCACUGAGAUCAGGGCUCUUUGUGCUGAGUUGUCUCUUCAAGGAGUCACACAAUGUAUAGAGCUAUGCCAGGAACCUGGUGCCUUCUAGAAAUGUUAGAAGAAUCAGGUUCUGUAUAACGCCAUGGUUAGAAAUUAUCAGCUAUUUUAUUUAUUAGCAACUUGUUAAACUACUUGAGAAACUUGAUUUAUAUGUACUUCAUUAAAAAUACCAUUUUGAAGAGGUCUUUUGUCAUGUGACUGCCUUCAGCAGUCUGUGAUGGGAUUUGAGAUUGCUUAUUUCUCCUUGGGGCCCAGCUCAUCAUAAUGUAGAUCUUCUAGUUAAAAUGAAUGAUGAUUCACUUAAAAGCAUACUUAAUUUUUAGAAAGUUGAAUUCCUAAAGGGAGGGAUUUUUUCCUUUCAAAUAAACAGUUGAACAAUGUUAUUUUCAGAGUUAUGAAAGUGCCUGAAAGUGACAAAUACCAGGGUUUUUAUACUGUUGGUCAUGUAAUUUUGUCACUCUUCUCCGCUGUUUAUCUUCUGUGUCAUAACUGAAAUAAAGAAAACAGAGUUUUUUUCUUGACU